CCAGGGUACGAGUGUCUAGAAUGCCCAAGUAUGCACAGCAGCUUAGAGAUCAUGACAGAAAUCCUUGCAUAGCGGAAACAGAUGCCUCUAGAAAAUGUAUGGAUGACAACGACUAUAAAAAGGAUAUGUGUACUGAUUAUUUUUUGAAGUACAAAAACUGCAGAAAAUUCUGGCAUGACAUUAUGAUGCAAAGGAAAAGAAAUGGUGUGAAACCGGAGAUGCCCUCAGCAGAAGAGAGAAAGAAAAUCCUGGAAUCAGUAGAGAAGCCGUACUGACUACAAACUUGCAUUGUUUUACUGUUUUCACUGUACAUAUGAAGACUUGUCAGCAGCAGGUUGCCCUCUUGUAAACUGGACUUCACUGUUGGAUUAAAGUAAGCUCCUAAGUUUUGAAGUGUGUGAGCUUUCUAAGAUAGGACUGGUUCUAUUCGUACUCUUCCUCAUGGGAGCUUAGUGUCUCACUGGAAGACAUGGGUACCGGCGCAGCUUGCCCAGACACCUUGGAAGUAGAAGCUAACAUGCUGUGAAAUACUAAGGACUCUUAAGAUUUGCAAUUCUAAGUUCUAAUUUUUCCAAUAGUUCUAAGUUUUAAGGGCCGAGUAGGUUUAGAAAGUAAAAGACUAGUAUGUGCAAAAUCUCUUGUAUAUGGUGAUUCUGACUAAUAUUUUCUUUAUGUGUAGUCCUAUCACUGCUUUCACAAGUUGUUUUCAACAUCCCUUUGAAGAAGACUGUGAGCUAAAAUUUCAGAUCCAGCAAGCUGUCAUUAGGCUUGCAGCUCUUCAUCAGUGAAAGCAGAAGGUUGCUAUAAAUCAGAUGUGCAGACUUCGCUUGGUACAAGGUUAGAGAGGCUGCUGAAGAUGGAACUGAACUCGUCUCAACUGAAUAGUACCUUCAGUGGAUAGUAAAUAGAUACUUGGCUGUUGGAGGGGGGUGGGGACUUUGUAGGCAUGUAAACAUGCACUUGGAGUGACAUAGCAGGUUUAACUAUAGUACAUCUAUCUAAGACUCUGGACAGCUGAAGCCCUGGGUUUGGAAAUGCUUACUCAUACAAGACUACAAAGCUCAGUUUGAAUAGGUUACUCCAGUCUUACUGAAGACUGAUUCCUUAUCUAAACUGGGCAGCUACUAAGAGUAAUCAGAUUGCUGUCUGGAAACACUUGUUUUCUUUACCUUGAGUAUUUUCUGGUGUCCUGGCUUAAAAAAAAAAUCGCACCCUGUGGUAAAAUGAAAGAACUACUCACAUGAGCUCAAGUUCCAUGUGAAAACCUUUAAGACAUACUGCGAUUAAGUUGGCAGAACUCUGGCUGACCUCUUGGAGGAUGGUGUAGAAGUGUUGUCUCUCUAUUUAGACUGUUUUGGAAAGACUUCACAGCUUCCUGUUUUUCCCUCUGUCUGGCUUGUCUCAUCUCUUUCCACUCGAGCUCUAUUUCUAUGUUACCAGGAUUUUUAUGCUGUUUUCACCUUUCCCCUUGCCAUUUGACCUGACUAGUAAUGAAUGGAGAUCUACUUUUCCUCCUGUCUCUCUGACUGCUCUCCAUUUAUACCUGAGUUUUGAAGUGGAUUGAUCGUGCCGGUUUUCUUACUGGAAAGAGUGUAACUCUAUGCCUCUUGAGUCCACAGUUCUCUGAGAAUAGCUGUCUGGCCUCCAAACCAUGUCAUAAGUUCUCUUGUGUGUUCCUGGCAAGGGGAGUAGACCUUCUUCAGUAAAGAUCAUGAGAUUCUUUAUUUUGGAUUAUUUUUCUCUACUUAAAAUUCAAACUUUGUUGUCAGUGAUUGUGUUUUUGUUUGGAGCAGAGGAGAAGCUUCCAUAGUGGAUUCAAAGGCUCUACCUUGCCCACCACUUCUAAAUUCUUUCAAUACCCUCCUGUUUAGCAGUUUUUUCCAGUUUGGCACAAAUUCUUCUAUUUAAUGGUUUGAACAUUUUAGUCUGUUCCAAUUCCAACAUUUUUCUAGUAGCUUUGUUCUCUCUGCCCUAAUGAUGUAGUUCUGCAAUGACUUUUCUAAUACAGUUCUUCUUCCUGAAGAUCCUCUGUUCUCCCUCUGAGUGGAGAAUUCCUUGCUUUCAUUAAUUAGGCCUAACAGUGCUACUUCUUCAUUGGCCAUGCCUCUAGGUAAUCCUCCUGUUCUGAGUUUUGGGUAGCUGGCUGUCGUCUUUUCUGUGAUUUUUUUUUUUUAUCUCUGGACUUUUCUGGUCUUGCUGCUUUGCUUGUCUAAGGGCACCUUCUCUCCCACUUGGCACAAGUUUGUCAUUUGGCGCCUCUGCUGCAUCUUUGGGCAUGGUGUCUUUGCUCCUAUGGCUUUAGUUGCUAUUCUAGUGCUUGCUGUUUUCCCAUUGCUGCACUCCAGUUCUGGACUUGCGCUUAAAUCUGUUCUCUUUCACGAGUUCAAGUUUCUUAAAGCUGUCUCACUUAUCCAAGUUUUUCUUUCAGAUUUUAGUGUAGGAAUGGCCCUGCUUCUAGUGCGUUUUUGCAUUUCCACUUCUUUCAUGCUAAUGUUUCCUUAAGAAGUUUUUACUCUUUUCCUUAUCUUAAAGGAUGGUUGGUAUACGUAGCAGUUCAGGUUAUCUGCUAUACUGUGUCUUUAUAAACAGCUAGGACUUGAAUUCAGAAAGUCAGAGGAAGAAAUGUAUUCCCUGCUGGAACUAUUUCACAAUGCAAAAAUGUGAGAUUGCAGGACAAACUAAGGCGUAUGUAAUGCAAGAACGAUUCUCCAGUGUUAGACUUUCUGAUCAUCAGUGGACUUAGAAGGUAAGUUCCUUCCAUGUUUUAUGGCAAGCCUGAUUUUUUUUUUGAUGAAGUGAGGGCAGUGUAAGCAGUGACCUUAAGGAUUUAAUUCAGGUAACAGUCAUCUGUUGUGGGGGAUAUUGCUUAUUCAAUUAUUUGUAUUGCAUAUGCCUUAUUAAACCUCUUUUUAGAAGAAAUCUGGGGAAGCAAGAAGUCUUGUUGUAAUGCCUCUCAUUGUAACCCGUUAGUUGAGUCUUCGUUUUCUUCCAUUCACUUCAGGUUAUUGUUCCUAGUUUCACUUCUGAAGCUGAGAAGUGGUAAAUUACAAUAGCAGAAACAUAAGCUGUUACUUAUGAAACAGUUUUUUGGUUAAUUUUUGCGGUGUGGUUAACUGUCUUUGGUUGUGAGCCAAAGAUAUGGUCUUUUCUUCGUAUCUAAAAGUUGAUAUUCCACACAUCAAGCACUGAGGUAAGUUGUAGACUGUCAGUCUACUGGGGAGAAAUAAAUUGGGUUGGACUCUUUGCUUCACUAAAGGGAGUACACAAUCUUGUGCACUAACACAGGAACAAAACAUAAAGAACUAAUGUGAUUCAUUUGGAAAGGAGAAGACUUUUUGUGGGUUUUCUUUACUAUUUUUAACUCUUUAUUUUUUGUGGUGCAAGAACCAAGUCUGGAUGGUGAUGGUGAGUUGUUUCAUUUUUUUGUUUGACAGCUGGAUGGUGCUGUUGCACAACAGAGACUGUAUGAAAACAGCAUUGCUAACCACUACUGUCUUUCUAGCUUUUCUUUAGCCUCUUCCCACAGAUGGGGGGGCAAGGGUGGGAAUCGUUCAGGUGAAAGGAGGGCUUAAUGUUGUCUCUAUGCUAUAAGGAGAAGAGGAGGCUGAGAGUCUAUAGUCCAGAAUUCUAGAGAACAGGAAGUUUAUGUGCAGCCUGAGAAGCUUUCAAGUGUAGUCCUUGAGAGUAUGGUUUUGGUUUUUUUUUUGCACUGUGGUCACUUGCUUGGAGCUGAGCACUGAACCAGCAGUAGCUACAGGCUCUCUGCCAGGCCCAGGUGAACAUCCAGAUAUGCAUCUUCAUUUUACUCUCUGUGGUUCCUGUUAUCCUACAGUGCAAGAGUGCUGUGAUGCUUUCUGCUCCCAUGGUGGCUAUGACUUAGUGCUCCUGUAGGUGUUAGUCAUUUAGCUUCAGAGUCCUGAAAACCUUUUUGGCUUCGGUAGGUGAAGCUUUGACUGGCAAGGAUUUGCAUGUGCUGCAUCUCUGGAUGUUCUUGGUCUUUCCUCAAUAGAACUUUCUGGGCCCAAGGCACCCUUGUGUGACUAAGAGUAUGUGUGCAUAGGGAGGUUUGCUAGAACUUCUGCAAAACAGGAUAAAUUGAAUAUACAAUGUUACUCUGCUUUAAUGCUUUUAGAGAGAGCCCUUAACUGACACUGAAUGUAUUUGCCUCUAAGUCAAUCCUCCAGAACAGCCAUGGAAGUAGUAGUAAUAGUAUGAAGAAAGUGCGCAAAAAAAGAGCAAUAUUGAUAGCUUUUAUUCUGUCUGAUAUCUUACACAACUGGAGAAAGUAGUUCUGUAAGUAUGGAAUGUAAUAGAGCUGACUAUUUCAGAUAUUUUUUUAGUGGCUUUUGCUACCUAUUGGAUGGGGAACUGUAGAAGUACUACGUUAUAUCUACUAAAUGCAAUGGACUAUUAAGGCUUUGGUAUGUUUUUAUCUCUCCUUAUACAUACUUAACUAAGACUCAUCAGAUUUUGAAUAAAUUCUCCAUCCUUCAAGGUUCAGUCUUGGUGCCUUCAGUGUCCAAAUCCUUUUGUGAUUGACUGCAUUUCUAACACCUUCCAUUCAGUUUAAACUGAGAUUAAAUCACUCAGUUACUUCCCACUUGACACUCAAGAUGCUGAACUAAAUGCAGCUAACAUGAAAUUCCUUUAAAAUUAGCCUGUCUUCCCCUUCAGCAUCCCAUUAGAUAAUGUCAGCUUCUUAUCUUUCACUAGUGCAAAUCCUGCCCUUGGUCUCCCAUUUUCCUAUGACUUAAUUUUGUGGAUUUUUCCUCGAGUACAGUAUUUCAUUUCCUGACUUAUAUCUUGCUUUCUUGCUUUUUAUCAAUUGAUUUGCCUCCUAACUUGUCUUGUAACUUCAGGAUCGCCAUCUGUGUACAUGGUGGCAAGUUUGUUGCGGAGGUAUCAUUCUACAGCACUUUCUUUCCUGACUGCCUUUUGCCCAUCUUCUCUUUCACAACUGAUUUCUGUUAACUCUGCCUGGAACAUCUUUCCUGCUUAUCUGUUUCUCAGAAGACUAGCUUCCCCUUCAGCCCCAAAACACACUUCCCCAGUUGGCAUCCAGGAAUUAAAAAAAGAAAGUGUUCCUCCAGCAGCACACUUCAAGAUGGGAUGUCUAUCUGUACGAAAUGGUAACUGAAUAGCUAGUGGAAACACAUCAGUUUUUCUUUUCUUAGAAGUUCUAGUAGCUCUUCCUUAAGUGCUUUUUGAGUCUGAUUGAGUAUGGUGGUGUGUUGUGUUUAAUUUGGGCUGUCAGCUCCUUCAGCAGCAGUCUGCAGAAUGCUGCAUGCAGCUGUGGCACUGUAGAAACAAAAAUAAUACUGAAGUUUCUCAGGCUGAGAACCACAAAAGAUAUUUAUCUUUCAAAUCCUGAAGUAACAUGGUGGCUGACCUUAUUAUUAGUAACAGUUCCUUCCCUAGAAACUAUCUUCUGAAGAGACUCAAGGUCUAUUCAGUCAUAAAAUCAUAGACUAUCCUUAAUUGGAAGGAACUCACAAGGCUCAUGGAGUCCAAACACUUUCUCCUAAUGCUGUCUGUGGGAGAAAUUGCGAUUUAUUAUAUAUUACUUUACAAAACCAAGAAGUUGGAGUAGCAUGAAUCUUCCAUAAAUAAGAUGGUUUUCUUUUGGUAGUGGUUUUCAGAGCUAAUAAAUUCUUCACAGUCACUGCAGUUAGGCAUACAGCUAUUGUUUUCUUAAAACAUGUUUUAAAAUUAAUUUUUAGAAUUGUUUCCUCUAUUUUUUAUGUAUAUGCUUUUCAGUCAAGCAAAUUGGAAGUUUUGCAUCAACUCCUAGCUCCUUACUGCCUGCAAGGGAUUAUUUGUAUUCACAGCACCUAUUUCAGAGCUGUGCGAGUUAUGUGGUGUUCAAUUUGAGCAGAUUCCAUCUGAAGCCCCAAUUCUAAUUAUUUAAGCAUAUCAGGAGUUAUUCUACAACCUGCUAACCUGCUACUUUCUUUGAAACUCAAACCUAUUUGAUGAAUUAGACUUUGCCAUUCUUUGCUCAUUGAAGUGCUGCUACCCUUGGACUAGUGCUUUACUUAUUUUGCUUUGAUAAGCAGCUGUACACUGGAGACACUUCCUGACAGUUAAGUGCCUUGGCAGUACACAUUCUUGAAACAAAUGACGAUCUCUAAUUGUUCAAUCUUUGCUGCUUUUCAAGAAGUUAGUUUCGGUUUCAGUUUCAAAAAUGUGUUGUCUUCUCUUAUUUCGUGUUUCUUCUCAGUUACCUCAGUGGUUAUAAGCUGUGGUCCAACCUCUUGAAGCUACUAUGUAAACAGGUGCUUUCAGUUGAUGCCAAACUUGCGUUUUACCUGGAAAAUGUUUUUACCAUUUUAUAAGCACUACCACAACUAGUUCCUUCUGUUUUAGCUUUUUCACUGUAUAGCAUCAUUUGGUCCCUUAGUGAAGAGACUCUUCUUUCUAACAGCCUCAGUGGUUCAGAAAUAUGUGUCUUUGACUACCUGUCCUUUGUAUCUCAACACUUAAUAUUCUUAACUUACACCUGCUCCACUGCAUUUCCUAUUUAUUUUUCUUGAAGGCUUUUAGACUCAGACUGCUUUUGGAGAGUGCUGUUUAAUUCCUGUACUUAGUACCUUUAAGGAUGAUGAUGGUAUUUAUUUUUUUAAUGUUUCACGUGACACUUUCUUGGCACAUACCUUGCCCUGUGUGCCAGGGAAUAUUGAUGUCAUCCAUUGUCUUGUAAAAUAAGAUUAAUGGCCCUCAAUUAUUGCAAAACAUCAUUCUGUGCAUGCUAUGGAUCAGCAAUUUAAAGUAGAAAGUAACCAACCAAUCAAUAACAAAAUGCAGUGCUCUAUUUAUUCUUACUAGAAGUGGUGAAUACAGAACAUUUUUACUGCUUUCCAGUAGAAGCAAUUAAACGUCACCCAACAUUCAUAUUCAAGAAAUAAAACCCCCCUGGACUAUUUUCUUUUGGAACCCUGUGGGUCAAGGAUUAGAUUUUUGUUGUAUAUACCUAAAAUUGAACUAUUGUUUAUCAAAUAUCAGUGUUACAUAUAUAGAUAACACUAAACUGUGUUAUAUCAGUGAGUUGUAAAUUGAAAACAUAAUUAUGCUUCAAAGUUGAUCCAAAGUGGAAUACAACUUCAAAGUAAAUAAGAAAAUCUUUAAUGACAAACAAGAAUGCUCAAGAUAGAAAAGGGAUACUAAAUAUCCUAGAAGGAAAUAACACUUGUAAGAUGAUGUUAAACUAAUAGUAUAAAUAGGUUGUGUUAUGACUGUUCACAAGCUCAAGAUAAGCCUGUGAAAGAGUUCCUUGCACUGUGGACUGCUGAGCAGUUCUUGGCACUGGAGCUGUGUGUAACUUCUGAAGUGAUCAGUGGACGAGGCUGCAUGCAAGAACUUGGGUGGCAGGAAUUGUGGCAUCUUCUCCUGAUUUUAUCAUAGAAUUAUACAAUUGUUUGUGUUGAGGGGGACCUUUAGAGGUCAUUUGGUCCAACUCCCCUGCAGUGAGCAGGGACACCUACAGCUACAUCAGGUUGCUCAGGGCCCUGUCCUUCCUGACCUUGCAUGUCUCCAGGGAUGGGGCUUCUGCUGACUCUCUGGACAACCUGUGCCAGUGGAGUGGAACUGAACCAAGUUGCUGCACGGGAGUAUUUUAAUAAAACAGUGCUUGCUUCAAUGCAUGGGAAGUAGUGAAGGGGCAGACCUUAAGGUAGAGUGUGCAAUGUGAAAUUGCCAUAUCCUACAGUGUCAGUCUUCAGUGUGUCAGCUCUAAGUUUCCUGGUGGCUGAUGGGUUCAAACAGACUUCACUGACUCUUUUUCUUUAAAAAAAAAAAAAAAGCUGUGUCCUAGCUCUCUUCUACUUGACAGGUCAACAAAAGCAGCUCCUUCAAAAGAUUAAAUAUGAUGGUUAGUGUAGAAUUCUGAGCUGGCCACUUCUGUACAGAAUGGAAGAAGCACUUUGACUCUUAAGUUUAAAAUGUAGAUUCCUAAGGGCAUGCAUGCUUAUUGGCUCUCUGUAGAUGGCUGGAGCCUGUGAGUGCCCAGUGCUUUGAAUCAUAAUCAUUAAAGCUGGAAAAAGCAUCUAGGAUCAUCCAGACCAGCUGUCAACCCACCAACCCCAUACCCACUAACCAUGUCCCUCAGUACCACAUCUAUGCAUUUCUUGAACACCUCCAGGGACAGUGACUUCACCAGCUCCCUGGUCAACCUGUUCCAAUGCCUCACCAUUCCUGAGGAGAAUUUUUUCCUAUCAUCCAACCUAGUGUCAGAAGUGCCCAGAGCAUGGUGUUGCACUGCGUGCUUUGGUACUGGCAGUGCUGAUGGGCUGGGUGUUUGUUUACAGAGUAAGCUUGUCACUGGUCCAGUCCAGGGGGGUGCCUGUGAGGUCUGCUGAUGAGUGGAUGAGAGGGAGGACGUUCAUUUUUUUUCUUUUUGCAGCGUGUUAGAUGAUAGUUGAAUCUGCAGUGAUGCCCUUCAGCAGCUGCCUCUCUAAAUCUCUUGUUGCUGCCCUUGAGUUGGUCGCUCUUCACCUACUUUUGUUAAAAGCAAUUUUCAGGUUUCUGCCCUCUAAAUUUCAAUGCUCAAAACCCUGAGAAUCAGUUAUUUUAAUAAAUACCGUAACACUUCAGCUCUUUUUAGGGUUUCUGUGGGACAAGAGGAGUUCACAAUGUGCUUUGGUGUUCUGUAGUGUAGGAAAUCCCCAGCCAGGCGCUGGUGGAGCAUCAGUUUCUCUGUCUUCCCUAAUCUGCAGCCACAGGAGAUCUGACACCUGGACGAGCUGCUCUGAAGCCAGUUGUGGGUGUCUGCAGGUGAUCCCUGUUUUGGGCACAGUAAUUCUCCAUUUGACCCAAAUGGUACAGGCUUGUGCUGGUCUGGAAAUGCAGGCAAGUUGUUCCCAUGUGCACACUUUUUGCUGAUUGUUGCUACAAUUUGGCGUAUGUGUAACGGUAGCGAGCAGACAUUGGUUUCUAAAAUCAGAGUAAUUUGCAACUUAAAACGUUAAUGGCUUCAUUUAUGGUUUUGUUUGCAAUCCCCUAUUAGGUAUAGAUCUGGUGUUCACUUGCAGAGAAUGAUUUCACACACAUGUAUUUCCUUGUGAUGUAUCUGCAGCUUGAUAUUCACCCUACUGGGAGUGAGACAGAACUGGCUGUUUGGUCAGGGAUUGAUGCCUCCGAUACAGGUGGCUUGCAGGUGUUCUUCUGUGAGCCUUUAAAAGGACACUCAACACGUGGCAUUGCACGAACAGCUUCAGCAAACUUUAGGUAAGCAAACUGACCUAAUUUAAUAAACCACUUUUCAUCAAGUGAGAUGGAGCCAAAUCAAGUGCUUUGCCAAGAAAUGUAUUUUUAUUAGCGCGGUACAAUUGGUUGCUUACAAAGCAGCCUGUGUUCACAGUGUGUGCUGGGGGCAGGAGCGGAGCUGUGGUCUUGGAGUUUCCCACCCAGAGAGAGUGGGGGUGGGGGGGGUGGUGGCACCAGGCUUCCUGCACUGGGCUUGGUGUGGAUCUGGACACUUCAAACUAAAUGAAAAUGCUGCCUCACUGUCCUUAAAUUAUCUGAUUGUGUUUUAAUUUUCAUUUCUUUUAGCAAUAUUAUCCCCUACUGAAUCCCAAUAAAGACAUCUCAGUCAUCAUAUCUAUAAUGGAUUUAUUGGCAGACAUCCCUAUUCUUGUAACCUAUUCUAAUGUAUUGUGCUAGCAGACUAGAUGAUCUUCAUAGGUCUUUUCCAACCUUAACGACUCUACCUCUAAUGAUCAGCUUUGCCAUUAAACAAAAGCGUCCACCUCUGGCCUUUCAGCACAGCUGCAGUACCUUUCUCUUCAGCAGAGAUGCUAAUAGGAAACCAAAGUAGUGUUUUCUAUUCCUGAGAAGGCAGCUUACAUAAUGUGUACUCUUCUUCCUCAGGUACUAUAAAAACCAAACCCUCGAGACACUUAACUUGUCAGUGUUCAGUGCAUGUGUAUGAUUGUGUGCUGGUUUCCUCUCUGUCGAGGCAAUCACAUCUUAGUUCUCAAGAUGAAGCAUUUUUUCCCCUCUCUUCCUUGAGACCUGUUUAAACUAUUUGGAUGUUAUUAAGCUUAGUAUCAUUUAUAAGGAUAACUCAAGCCAACAGGAGACUGAAUGGAAAAAUAGACUAGUUUGAGAGUAUUUGCAGACUUUAAGACAGUAUAUCUUGUUUUGGUAUUUAAAACAAAAUUAUGUUUUUACUGUAAAAAAAAAAAUCUUCUAGGAGACAGUUAUUUCCAAUGUAAAAUCAGACUUCUUUUUACUUUAAAAAAAAAGUUACUUUUUUGAAUAAUGCGUAGUUCUCUUGCCCCUGCCAGCAGAUGAAGUCUGUGCCUCAGUUGCAGCUGUUGCCUGUGGGCAGGGAGUGUGCAGUCUGUGCCCUGUUCCUUGCAGGCCUGGGGCAUCCCCAGUGCUGCCGCCAACUCCUGUAUUUGUAGCUCCAGGCACAAACACUGUGCUUCACAUGAGGUUCUCAGGAUAGAAAGCGGUGCUCUUAGGUAGUGUUUCUUCCCUAUGAGUGUUGGGCCCUCUGCAUGUGUCUCAGGCUGUGCUCGUAGGAGGGAGGUGUGCAGCUGCUUGAUAUGCCUCAUAUCCUGAUAAUCACCUGUUGAUGUCGCGCUCCUGGUGUUUGUACACCUUCAUUUGGCUUCCUCCAGAACCUGCAUCAUGUACUAAGUUCCCAACUCCUCCACCUGGCUGGGGAAGUGGAGGCAAAAAGGAAAGAAUAUAUGGGAAUAUCUUGCCUCCAUUCAUGGACCUUUACAGAAUCCUUGAGCCUCAUUCUCAUCUAAUUUCCUUGUCCUGAGGGCAGAUCACGGCGAGUCUCUCCUUUCACAAGACAAACUCGUCCGCUUGCUCACCCCAGCCUCGAUGGCAGAAAUUCAGCCCAGCCUCAUGUCAGAGUGGAGCUGCAAUGGAUGGUUCCUUGCAGUGGAAACAACAGAUCAAAGUGAUUUUUCAAUACAUGUUUUGACUGUAACCAAGUGUUCUAGAGUGUUACAUUGUUUGUGAAUUUGGCUUUCCUGCCCUGCAGGUUAAUGAAUAAUCCACUGUGUACAUUUAUCUUGCAGCAUUUUGUGUUUUUAUUAUUGGUUGCACCAGAAGGAAAGGAACUUAUUUUUACAUUAGUUGAUAGUGAUAUAUAUUUUUUUUGAAGUUGCAGCUGAGAUCUGGAAACAAAAUAUUGUACUAUGAGUUAAAUUGGAGGGCGAGUUCUUCAACAGCUUCUUGUUGCCAAAUUGUGGAGAUCCUGCCCCUUUCACCAAUCCUUUUGCCCUUGCCUAGAUGCACCUUCAGCCAUCUGCUACUUCGCACACUUGUGGGCUCCUUCACUUGAUUAGAACAGCUAAACCUGCAGUUUAAGUAGAACAGUGCUGGUAGGGUUAAGGCUGGUUUUAUGUAAUUUUGCACUUAAAGUGAUUGUGCAAGUGCUGGAACACGUGAGCUGCAGGCACCGCACAGUGUCUGCUCGCAGUGGAUCAUCUGUGUUUGUUGCCCUUCUAUUACAAACUCUUAGGCCAAGAGACCUCCCGUACAAGCUUGGAUUACCACCAACAAAAUUGAUGAGUCAAGACUGCAACAGCUCAUAUCCUCUGUGGCUCACCAAAGAGCCCUCUUACACCAAAGGACUCCAACUGCAUGACACUGGGUUCCAUUCCAGUUUUCCCAUCUAAUUGUUUGACAUCUUACCAACAAUAGUCUGGAAAAAAAAGCCCGAGAAACCAAUCUUAUGAGUAUUGCUUCCUGUUUUCUGAAGCUGAAUGCUGAACAACAGUUUGUGUAAUGAUGAUGAACUGUUAAAUAUAAUUAAGUCUUAUUCCCUAUAGUCUUUGUAAUAAAAAUUGUAAACAAUAUUUUGCAAAUAAAGCUGCAGGCCCACAGGCUGUCACUUCCAGAUGGCAUGAAUUAGCAGAGGAAGAUUUGUUGUGCUUCCUUUCCCCAGCAAUCCACCCCUCCCCUGGUUCAGGAUGUGCUAGCCCUGGACAGGGAUGACUCAGCUGCUGGUUAAUCACCUGCUGAAGUGCUAAAAAUGAUAACUUGGCUCCAUUUCCUCAAGCAAUGGUGAGCUAUCAAGGCUGACCAGCAAGAAAAUGUUCUGCAGCUGGGAGAAUUCCCCUGCCAUCUCAUUUAGAUUCACUGCAAUUAGGGGUUGCUGCUUUUAUCUGCACAGAUUUUGCUGUGACUCCGACAGUCUGUUGAGAUCUUGUUUAAUAAAAAGUUUCUUGUGCACCAGUUGCCCAUACAGGGGACUUCUUACCAGCAUAUCCAGAGAAAUACUGGUCAAGGAUGUUUCACUGUUUUCCAGUUGGUAACAUGGAAAGUAACAGAAUAUUUCCAACCAGGGAGACCAUCCCCCAAGAGAGAUCACAUGUAGAAGAAUGCUCCAUAAUCUUGAAGCUUCGAAUGACUGUUUCCAGAUUGCUGAUGGUAGAGAAAGACAGGAGAAAAACAACUACAAGACAAAUGGAAAACCUUACCAGCCUCUACAUGCCAUAGGGACUGCAUGUGUCCAGUCAGCUGUCAGGAGAAAAGCAUGGAGAACCUAUUCCCAUGGUGUGACAAGUCUUAGUAUCCUUUGAAGGCAAACUGAGACUGUGAGGGAUGCAAACCAACCCCAGUUUACCGCAGUAAGUUUUAACUAAUGCAAUCCAAGUGCCUUUUGGACUCUUCCUUUCAGUGUUGGUACCUUCUUCCUCCAGAUACCAUAAGCAUGUAAGCCUGUUCUCAGCAGCAGUAACACCAGCUGUCCUGCUGACAAGGAAGCAAACACUGUGAGAAGAUCAUCUCCAAGUCACUGCUGUGAACUUUGGCGAGAGCUAGCACGUUUCGUUGUCCACCUGAUGCGGUGCAGAUCUGUGCUGCUUAACCCAACUGGUGAUGGUUCCCUCAGUGCCUGAAGAAAAUAUCAUCACGGUUACCUCACUGGAUCGCUGUCAAGAGGACAGAAUCUACUAGGUGCAAAGGGAAACACUAAGCUUUAUCUACAAUUGCAAAUGCUUUGCUGGAUGUUGUUUACUUUGGCCUCUGUUGUGUGGCUUAAUAUAUUCAGGGGACUGGCUCCAUCUUCAAGCCCAUGUUCAGCUCUCCUCCGUCCCACAUGGAUAGCAGCAGAAGUAUCUCAGCCUCUUUUCACCCUUACCCGAUAGAUUUUUCUCAUCCUCAGUGUCAGGGUUCUCUGAGACAAAAUCCUCCAGCAAUCCACUGGCUGCACUGCGCUGGUUACUCUCUCAGUCCUGGAGGGUAGAGAAAAACAGCGCCAAAAAGGAUUAUUCAAAGUUAUGGGUCUGUGUAACUUCUCCUUGUAGCAAUGCCACUGCAGCAAAGUUUCAUCACCUGGCAGGAUCAAUCCAAAUGAACAAAUGCAAUUCUCUCCGUUCUUGUUUUUGGAACAAGUCUGAUUGUUAUUAACAUUUCUGUGUCUGGAGGCCCAUGGACAUGGCAGAAUUCCAAGCCAGGUUUGCUCAUAUAACCAUGCUUGCUGUCUCUCAUGAGCCUUCAAAGUAGUCUUGUGAUAAGCAUGUUGUUUGAGGAACAGAUCUGAAAUUUAUUCAAAGAAUUCUUCCACAUAUUUUUCCAUGAACAUGCCGCAUCUUUAACAUUAAGCUAUAUUUGUCUGCUUUAGUAAAUAGUGGACUUGAUGCUUCUUGGAAUUCUUACCUGCAGAGGUGAUACUCAGAACGUCACCACGUGCAAAAUAUGCGGAUAUCCAGAUACUUGCAAAAAAACAAAAGCAAGGGCACAGAUAUAUCUCUGAGUGGUACGUAAUCCUGUAUACUUCCAGCCCCUCUGUGGGAAACCACUGCUAAGCUGUGUUCUUUGUUGGAUCACAGCAGAAGCAAAUCUUAAUAGCCAAACAAGUGUUAUCAACACUGUACUGACACUGACUAUGAUUUGCUUUUUUUUUAUUAUUAUUUCUACCUCAGUUCAUUUUCAAACCAUUAGUCCCUAGUGGCAGAAGUCUCCAAACUGGUGAAGAUAACUAUUUACUCUUCUAUUAACUUUAUCUUAAAAUUAAGCACAAUGUAUGUAUAUGUAGAUUUACAAGUUUUUGCUUCCUUUAAGAAAAUUUAUUUUGUGGAAUGAUCUUAUUCUUUAAUGGGUUACAGUCCAUUUACAAUAUAUCCAUUUUGCUGAUCUUCUUUAAAAUAUCCAAGCUAGCAGCAGUCAAUUUAUAGCAAUUCUUUUCUCUAUGCAGACAAAACACAAAGGUUGUUAAUAUUUUCCAGCCAAGUUUCCUUGUAUUCCAACUUGGGAGUGGUAAUAGGAGGAAAGCCAAGGAAUUUCCAGAAAUCUUGAAGUGCUAGUAAGUCAUUACUGACACAGUGCCAUGAAAAGCUGGUCGAAGAAAGUUAGAUGUAGAAUAAAGAAAGUUAGAUGCAGGACAAAGAAAGAGGAUAACUCUGCCUCUGAUUAGCAGUUAUUAUCCCACCACAAGUCACAGCUUUCUUACGCAGUGGGGAAAGAAGGGUAGAAAAGAAGGGUAGCUACUUCCACAAUUAUAAACAAACUUAACCUUUCGGUGUUCUCUGGCCUCAAAUGGUUUCUGCAAGGAACCAUCUAAGCUAGUGCCCUUUCUGAGACUCUCUGCCACCUCAAGUCAUUGGUUUAGGUUACAUUUGCUUUACAGUUUAAUGAUUGUAGUGUUAUUGGUGUGAAAAUGUUCUCUAAAACUAUUUGUAGACGUUUAAAAUCUGGAGACUGGUCCUCUGACAGAGGGUAACUUCCAAAGCUGAUUACGUGGAAAGCGUGAGUGUGAAGCCCCAGUGGCUGGGAAUCUUCUUCAGUCAGUCCACUCAGAAGCUCUAAUGGUUCACACCUGGGAGCCUCAGCACUGGAUUCUUCAGGAUCAUUUCCUGGAUUUCAAGGCUGACUCAAUGCCAGAGCAGGGAAAUCACUUUAUUUCCUGAAGGAAACACUUCAAGCAACUUACCUGGCGAUUCUGCUGAGAUUUGUUCCUUCUGGAUAUACAGCCUUCACUUGGAACUGUCGGCUCUCACCCAAAUUGUUAGUUAGGAGCUUCCCAAAACACAGAAAGGCAACAGACAUGAACUCCAGCUGUCUGGAUCACUGUGACACAACGUUCAUUUCUUCCAGCUGCCAAGCAGGUAAUAGGGCCAUCAUUUUCUAUUUUAAAACAAAUAUGGGACAGGAUCUUUCUUUUAUGUCAGCAAGCAGACUGAACUGAUUCAUCAGAUCUUCAUGUCUAAAAUGCAAACUUGGACUAUGGGAUGGCUUGAGAAGCAAUUUACACCUACAUCUACGGAUCAAAGACACUUCUCUUAGCCUAUUUGCUUUCAGGAAUAAUCCUGCUUAAAGAAAUUGCUUGUUAAAGAGACCAAGAAUAAAAAAAAGAGAAAAAACACA